GUAAAACUAAAAGCUAACAGAAAAAUUUAAGAGACGACGGAGUCCGUGCGACAAACAAACAACGGUCUCUCCCCUACCAUCUCUAGCUCUAAUCAUUACGUAUAUUGUUCUUCUUCUCGACAAGGACCCACCUUCUCCUUCUUCUUCUUAUCGUUUCUGGGUUGAUUUUGAAUUUUUAUGGGUUAAAUUUGAUGGAGAGAUUCAACAGAAGCUCCUGUUUUUGAGUGAAAAUUUUAUAUAUGGAAACUAAGGAGGGACAAUCUGAUUCUUUGACCUGGUCAAUGCUUUUUGAUUCUCAUCCUUUCUGAGGUUCCCACUCCAUGGCUGACGAUCUCUGUUUCUUCAGUAAGGAUUCUUUCCUCCUAAAGUCUCCAAAGAAGUCUCCUUUGGUAUUGAGGAUGGUUGUAUUAAUGUUUGUAAUGGUUUGUGGCGUGUAUAUAUUUUCAAUUUGCCUAAAGCAAAUAAGCACCCGAACCAAAGAUGGAAUAUUGAAGGUUGAAAUGUUUGAAAGGCCUUGCCCGGAACCUCAUAUUGAACCGUGGGAAAUUCCUUAUGUGCACCACCCAAAAUCCAGAACAUUUAGCCGGGCUGAAUGUGCUUGCAAUCCAGUUCGGUAUUUUGCCAUUCUAUCAAUGCAGAGGUCUGGAAGUGGAUGGUUUGAGACAUUAUUGAACAACCAUACCAACAUUAGCUCAAACGGAGAGAUAUUCUCUGUCAAAGUCAGGAGGAGUAACAUUACUACAAUUUUGGAGACUUUGGAUAAAGUCUAUAAUUUAGACUGGUUGACUAGUGCUGCAAAAAAUGAGUGCACAGCUGCUGUUGGUUUAAAGUGGAUGCUUAAUCAGGGCUUGAUGCAGCAUCACAAAGAAAUUGUGGAAUACUUCCAAACUCGUGGCAUUUCAGCUAUUUUUCUCUUUAGGAGGAAUCUUUUGCGCAGGAUGAUUUCAGUACUUGCAAACUCUUAUGAUAGCAAUGCUAGGCUUCUUAAUGGAACCCAUAAGUCUCAUGUUCAUUCACAUCAUGAGGCAGAGAUUCUUGCAAGCUACAAGCCUUUUAUCAAUGCAACAACAUUGAUACCGAAUCUGAGGCAGGUGGAAGAGACAACUACAAAAGCAUUGGAGUACUUCAAAAGCACAAGGCACAUCAUCUUGUACUAUGAGGAUGUACUGAAAAACCACACUAAAUUAGAAGAGGUUCAAGAAUUUCUGAAGGUUCCAAGGAGGGAAUUAAAAAGUCGUCAGGUGAAGAUACACAAAGGAUCUUUAUCCAGUCAUGUUGAGAACUGGGAUCAAGUCCAAAAGACACUUAAAGGAACACAGUAUGAAUCCUUCUUAUAUGAUGAUUACCGGAAGUAAAGUACACAGAUGAUGUACAUAGAAGUUUAUCUUGUCAGGUAAAAUGGGCAUGAGAUGUAAUCAACAUGGUGAAGAUUUAGAUCACAAUUUAUGUACAGUCGGUUUAAUAUAAUUGUGGUUUUUAU